GUUUUCCUGCAGAAAGUGGUCGAUGCUUGCUUACCUCCGAUUUUAAUUUGUAAAUUGUGGUAUUUCAACGUUUUCAACUUAACAUGUCGUGUUUAAAAGUGGUGCUUUCAAUUGUAUGUGGGCUGGUGUUGCUGUUUGAGAACUGUGAAGCUGUGGAAGCUUUUGACAAAUCUCCAAAGGACCAAAAGGAAAAAUCAACUAAGUUGCCGCCUUGUAAAUCAUGCACUGUGCUUGUGGAAUCAUUUAAUUUGGGUUUGGAAAAAAUAAGUCGCGGCAAGCAUGCCGGUGGUGAUGCAGCUUUAUUUCCAUAUUUUCCAUAAAUGAAGUGGUGCUUUAUCAUGCGCGGAAUGCACUUAAAGGCAUGGUACGUCCUCAGAGUUUAAAGAUUUGUCAAUUCCAAAUCAACACGGGCUUCAUACCGGAACAAGAAACAUUGAUAACAUUUUCCUCGAAUGAUCUCGAUGAUUUACCGGAUGCCGAUCAGGUUCCUCAUGACUUUUAGGUUUCGCUGUCGUUGAGUUUCACGGAUAACGAAUUUCCGCCGAGUAGGAAUCCUCCUUGGUUACCAGCAAAGCCCAUAAGACACGCACAACAUAUAUUUAGUUCGCAAUUAGAAUUCGAGGAAAUGGUGGAUAAUUUCGGCAAGUCCCUAUAGUAUUUCCGCCCAUUUCAAUUAUUUAUUUAUUUUCCUUACAACAGUGACAAAACCUAGUUCCAUCAACAAACCUACGCCUGUUAGGUCAGCUGCUUCCGUAGAUAACGCCUAUUUUACCAGAUGCUACCGAAAUAAAGCAAGAGGAGCAACCUCAACCAUCACCACCAAUAGACAUGCUCAAUUUAAACCAGCCCCAACCCCAGCUGCCGGUGCAAGAUCCACAAGCCACAACGAGUAACGCUAGUUUCGAUUUGCUUGGAGCAUUCGGGGAUGAUAAUUCAUCUGGCAUUGGCUCGGCUCCAAUACCUGAUAUUUUAGAAAUUAAUGUACAACCAACUUCAAAUGCCAACCUUGAUGAUAUCUUCGGCUCAGUUGCUUCAUCGGCGCCGAAAAUCAACCUGGAGUUUAAUAGUUUUUCUGUAAACCAGCCGACACCAACUAGUGCAAACCAACCUGGUGUAUUGGUUUGUGUCGCGUCAGUCUCAGCAAAAUAGUCUUGCAUCAACAACCAGAGCUCAGUACGUCAUAGUUAUUUUUCUUCUCUAUUUUUGGAAGCUAGUGCAAUGAGUUAUAGUUUUAAUAAAUAUUU